CAUAUAUCAAGAGCAACAAUUGAAACUGUGUCCUCCUUUACCUCCAUAAAGAUACAGCUUAAUAGCAUGUUAAUGACUUUAAAUUACCUUGUCUUUCUAGAUUGCUUAUUUAUUUCAUUUCAGAUCACUAUAAAGGAUGUGAAGUGAAUAAGAAAAUAGGAACGUUUCUUUUUCCUUUCCCCCUUUCUACCGACUAGGAAGAGAUCCAGUCCAGGUUUUGCCUGUGACUCGGCCUGUGAAUUUCGGCUGUGCAAUGUGUAGCACGUUUCUUUCUCCCCCCUCCUUUCUCCUUCCCUCUAGCCUCCAGUGUCUGUCUCCAGGAUUUCUCUCUUCCUAUUUCAGGAGGACUCUCACAGGCUCCUACAGCCUGUGUGAAGCUGAGGUUUCCCCCUAGAUCUCGUAUAUCCCCAACACAUACCUCCACGCACACACAUCCCCAAGAACCUCGCGCUCACACUAGCGGACACACGCGCGCACACACUCGCUCUCGCUUGUCCAGCUCCCUCCGGGGAGAGCCGGCGCGCGUUCCCACCUCCGCCGCACACUCCGGCGAGCCGAGCCCGCAGCGCUCCAGGAUUCUGCGGCUCGGAACUCGGAUUGCAGCUCUAAGCCCCCAUGGUGUUUUUUUAAACACUUCUUUUCCUUCUCUUCCUGGUUUUGAUUGCACCGUUUCGCUCUGGGGGCUACAGGAGCAAGGCAGCUGCCUUCCCAGCCAGCCCUUGUUGGCUUGCCAUCCUCCAUCUGGCUUAUAAAAGUUUGCUGAGCGCAGUCCAGAGGGCUGCGCUGCUGGUCCCCUCGGCUGGCGGAAGGGGGUGACGCUGGGCAGCGGCGAGGAGCGCGCCGCUGCCUCUGGCGGGCUUUCGGCUUGAGGGGCAAGGUGAAGAGCGCACAGGCAGAGGGGUUGACUGAGCUGGAUUUGCAUGUUGCACCAUGCCUUCUUGGAUCGGGGCUGUGAUUCUUCCCCUCUCCGGGCUGCUGCUGUCUCUCCCGGCCGGGGCGGAUGUGAAGGCUCGGAGCUGCGGCGAGGUCCGCCAAGCCUACGGUGCCAAGGGAUUCAGCUUGGCGGACAUCCCCUUCCAGGAGAUCGCAGGGGAACACUUAAGAAUCUGUCCUCAGGAAUAUACAUGCUGCACCACAGAAAUGGAAGACAAGUUAAGCCAACAGAGCAAACUCGAGUUUGAAAACCUUGUAGAAGAGACGAGCCAUUUUGUGCGCACCACUUUUGUGUCCAGGCAUAAGAAAUUUGACGAAUUUUUCCGAGAGCUCCUGGAGAAUGCAGAAAAGUCACUAAAUGAUAUGUUUGUACGGACCUAUGGCAUGUUGUACAUGCAGAACUCAGAGGUCUUCCAGGACCUCUUCACAGAGCUGAAAAGGUACUACACUGGGGGUAAUGUGAAUCUGGAGGAAAUGCUCAAUGACUUUUGGGCUCGGCUCCUGGAACGAAUGUUUCAGCUGAUAAACCCUCAGUAUCACUUCAGUGAAGACUACCUGGAAUGUGUGAGCAAAUACACAGACCAGCUCAAGCCAUUUGGAGACGUGCCCCGGAAACUGAAGAUUCAGAUUACCCGCUCCUUCAUUGCUGCCCGGACCUUCGUGCAGGGGCUGACUGUGGGCAGAGAAGUGGCAAACCGAGUUUCCAAGGUCAGCCCAACGCCAGGGUGCAUCCGUGCCCUCAUGAAGAUGCUGUACUGCCCAUACUGUCGGGGGCUUCCCACCGUGAGGCCCUGCAACAACUACUGCCUGAACGUCAUGAAGGGCUGCUUGGCAAAUCAGGCUGACCUUGACACAGAGUGGAAUCUGUUUAUAGAUGCAAUGCUCUUGGUGGCAGAGCGACUGGAGGGGCCAUUCAACAUUGAGUCGGUCAUGGACCCCAUAGAUGUCAAGAUUUCUGAAGCCAUUAUGAACAUGCAAGAAAACAGCAUGCAGGUGUCUGCAAAGGUCUUUCAGGGAUGUGGUCAGCCUAAACCUGCUCCAGCUCUCAGAUCUGCCCGCUCAGCUCCUGAAAAUUUUAAUACACGUUUCAGGCCCUACAAUCCUGAGGAAAGACCAACAACUGCUGCAGGCACAAGCUUGGACCGGCUGGUCACAGACAUAAAAGAGAAAUUGAAGCUCUCUAAAAAGGUCUGGUCGGCAUUACCCUACACCAUCUGCAAGGACGAGAGCGUGACAGCGGGUACGUCCAACGAAGAGGAAUGCUGGAAUGGGCACAGCAAAGCCAGAUACUUGCCUGAGAUCAUGAAUGAUGGGCUUACCAACCAGAUCAACAAUCCUGAGGUGGACGUGGACAUCACUCGGCCGGACACUUUCAUCAGACAGCAGAUCAUGGCUCUCCGUGUGAUGACCAACAAACUGAAAAACGCCUACAAUGGCAAUGAUGUCAAUUUCCAGGACACAAGUGAUGAAUCCAGUGGCUCAGGGAGUGGCAGUGGGUGCAUGGACGACGUGUGUCCCACGGAGUUUGAGUUUGUCACCACAGAGGCCCCUGCAGUGGAUCCCGACCGGAGAGAGGUGGACUCUUCUGCAGCCCAGCGUGGCCACUCCCUGCUCUCCUGGUCUCUCGCUUGCAUUGUUCUGGCACUGCAGAGACUGUGCAGAUAAUCCUGGGUUUUUGGUCAGAUGAAACUGCAUUUUAGCUAUUUGAAUGGCCAACUUACUUCUUUUCUUACACUCUUGGACAAUGGACCAUGCCAGAAAAACUUACCGUUUUCUAUGAGAAGAGAGCAGUACUGCAAUCUGCCUCCCUUUUUGUUUUCCCAAAGAGUACCGGGUGCCAGACUGAACUGCUUCCUCUUUCCUUCAGCUAUCUGUGGGGACCUUGUUUAUUCUAGAGAGAAUUCUUACUCAAAUCUUUCGUACCAGGAGAUUUUCUUACCUUCAUUUGCUUUUAUGCUGCAGAAGUAAAGGAAUCUCACGUUGUGAGGAUUUUUUUCCCAUUUAAAAUAAAAAAGGAAGAAAGAAAAUAAUUUUCCUUGUAAAGUCAGGCCAAACCCCAAGACAGCUGCAUUUUCAACAAAGAAGCAAACAGACAAAAAUAAAUGAACUUUAAUAUUAUCACUUCAGCAUUGACAGCCAACUCCCAGUGUAAGCGUUUUUGUGACAAAUCCAGGUUUACAAAAUGCUUAUGGGAAGAAAGCUUGAAGUUUGCUCUAAAUGGAGUGAAAAUGCACUGUUGUCUUGGAGGUAUCAUCUUGCACCCUAGCCAAACAAUACCAAAUUAAUUUGGAGGUACUGAUACUAAAUUUAGAAUCUCGUCUUUAAUAUGAGAACAAAAAUUACUACAACUCAGCACCUCUCUCUCACUCUGCCCACUUUCAAUUUAGUAAUGGCACCAUUUUUCUUAAUUCCCUUAAUGUCUGUCCACUGUAUCCAAUUGGCACAGAUUUCCCCCUUCAUCUCCAGUUACUAGCGGAUACCCCCAUCAAUUCAUCCUCCUCAAGCGUCUCAAUUGAAAAUAAUCUUAAUGAUACAAUCCCUGCUUUUGCCACAGGUUUGACAUUAACUAGACGUUUCUGCCCCUGUGCUCAUUACCCCUCCCAAAACAAGAGUUUUGUUUUUUUUUUAGUGAAUUGAUACACAAUUAGAUCCAUUCCUGAGUUUUCAUUUUUAACUAUUUACUUUGUGUCAGUUGGUUUCUGCAUAACAAGGGCAUUCUCUUACAAAAUAACUCACAACAGAAAAAAAAGUCAAGACAAAAAUAUAUAUAUAGUACUGACAUGGAGAUUUCUUUCACUUUUUUAGUCUUAGUAUGAUCAUCUAUUUUUAUAUCUAUAUAUAUAUAAAUCACAGAUUUUAACUUCUUAAUUCCAAGCUCAGGGUUGACACACCUUUGUAAGAAAAUGUUUUGUCAACCAGCUCUUCUUGUUUUGUGCUGCUCAAAGAAGGGAUUCCUCAGUGAUCUGUGAGCACCAAGAAUCAAGAAAGAGAACUUUUUACGUAUCUAACUGUCCAUUUAUUAAAAGUUUGCCAGGGCACAGGGCACACCCUUUUGCAUGAGUGUGCUUCAGCCUGGGUGCUCCAGACUACACCAAGCUCAUGAGAUGAGCCAUGAGUGUGCAGGGCUUUACCAGUGAUGGAAACUGUAUGUGUGAAGAAUGUUAUUCAUGAGAAACCAUUGCUUUCAUGUAAAACACCUUCAGCCUAGGAUUCCUGCUUGGCACUUGGAUACAUUACCUAACUCAACAGGUCAAUUUAGAGCCACAGCCUAAUCUAUUCACCAAGCAUGCCAAAGCCAGGCCCUAUGCUCCCCCUGACAGAGAGAAGCAAAAUAAAGCAAACUGUGGCUUUAUGAAUACAGUUGGCUAUCCAUAUGUUUCUUGGUUUUAUGAUGCAUCUGGAGUAGGGAAAAGUAAUGUUUCAAGACACCAUUAUAUGCCAGUCACAUUUUAAUUAACUCAUCGACAGUAUUGACACGUAAAUGGUAUUUUUCAAUCUCUGUUCUCAUCAAAAUUAAAAUUAGUUAUUGAUUUAGUCAUCACAUUUAAGUAGAACACAUGCGGCACAAUAGUAUUAAGUAUAUUUGAGCACUUUUGCAAGACAGAAAGUAUUUACAAGCAUCUAUUGCUACUUUAUGCCUAAUGAAAUAUAAAAUGUAGGAUUACGAGAGACUUUGUGGCAUUCUUUCAUUUAAACCUUUAUGAAAUUAACAAUAUAGUUCACCAUUACAUACUUCUAGAAAACCAUCUGUUUCACUGCCCACAUUUCGGCUUCCUACCACGAAUUUCACGUAAGACAUCUCUAUGAAGGACCAGUAAUUUACGUUGCUCAUUUCAUUGUAUGUUGAGAAAUCAGUAUUGUCUUUCUCCAAUAAUUAAGGUGCAAUACAAAUUAAAUCAACCUUGGUUUUCCAGA